AUGUUGGACCCCAGUGCAGUUGCUUUGCUGAUUGCCCAUUCUGCAUUUUUUAUAACAGGUUCAAUGGAAAAUAUAUUUAUACUUCUGGUAAACUUUCUAGACUGGCUAAAAAGCAGGAAGCUUGGUCCAUGCGACCAAAUUAUCAAUUGCCUUGGCUUCUUCAACCUCUUUUUCCAGGGAACGGUGGUUAUCAAUGAGUUUUGUAUCCGUUUAUGGACAGGGUACUUCCAAGACUUUGUGGUAAAGAUAUUUGUGUCUAUUCAGAUAUUUCUUUUUUUCUCUAGUCUCUGGUCUUGCACAUUUCUUUGCUUCUAUUACUGUGUGAAAAUUAUUCAUUUUAGCUCUUCAUUCUUCUUCCUGCUGAAGGCCAACAUCUCUAAGAUUGUGCCCUGGUUUCUCACAUUGUUUGUUUUAGUGUCGGUCGGGUUUAGCCUGCCAGCCUUUUGGGAACUGUACAAGGACUUCUCACCGGUUCCUGGAAACUUUUCUGGGAAUGUCUCAAGUUCUCUGAAUUAUAUCUUUAAGAGUAAAUGUAAUUGUCUCUUCAGGAUAUACCUAUGUCUCUCUUCAGCAGCUUUCACAAUCUUCACAUUGCUAGCAGUGACCAUACUCAUUUCUCUGUGUAGGCACAUGCAGAGAGUCAGCAAAAACAGUGAUGGCUUCGAUGCCAGGCGGCUGGCUGCCCACAUAUCUGCCACCAGAACUGUAACGUUGCUUUUAGUUCUUUAUAUCUCCUUUUAUAUUGCUCUUAACUUUAUUUUUAGCUCGCCAGCUGCAGUGGGCACUCUACUUUUUUCACUUUCCAUGCUAAUGAUUUCAAGUUUCCCUUCACUGAACGCUCUGAUUCUGAUAACGGGCAACACAAAGCUAAAGAAUGUACUGAAGAAGAUAUUUUUGGCCACAACAGAGACUGACACAAGUGAAUUACACAACACUGAGUGCAAUGCAGGGGGCAUCACUAGCAGUGCAGGCUAG